AUGAACCUGAACCUGAAGCCGUUGUUCAUGCCGCUCCAAAGGAUGAUAGGCUUCAGGAGAAAUCUGAAAUUCCACAACCCUGAUGGUACGGUGGAACGAUACAAGGCAAGAUUGGUGAUAGCUGGAAAUCAUCAAAUCGCUGGGGAGGAUUAUAGUGAGACAUAUGCACCGGUGGCCAAAAUGGUGAGUGUUCGUACACUACUUGCCGUAGCAGCUGCCAUGAAUUGGGAGCUACACCAACUCGACGUCCACAAUGCCUUCUUGAAUGGAGACCUAAGUGAAGAAGUUUACAUGUGGUUUCCUCCCGGAUUCAGCAAUGGCUCCAAUCACAAAAUUAUACCCUCUUUACUCUCCAAAGAGGGUAUAAUCUGCCCUAGCAGUGUCCUAGUUUACGUUGAUGAUAUAAUAGUGGCAGGGAAUGAUCCUAAUGCAUGUAAAGCAGUCAAGGAGUAUCUGAACCAAUGCUUUAAAAUCAAAGACUCAGGUCCGCUGAAGUAUUUCCUGGGUAUCGAAAUUGCUCGUAGCAAGGAAAGCAUAUUACGUAAGUAUACUUUAGACCUCCUUUCUGAAUCAGGUCUGAGUGGGAGUAAGCCUUCGAACUCUCCCAUCGAACAGAAUCUUUGCCUCGCCUUGGAUGAUGGCCCAGUUUUUGACAACCCUGAACGGUAUCGAAGACUUAUAGGUAAACUAAUUUACCUCACCAUCACUCGACCUGAUUUGAGUUAUGCCAUCCAUAUUUUAUCGCAGUUUAUGCAACAACCCAAGCAAGCUCACUUUGAAGCUGUAGUCCGUGUACUUCGGUAUAUCAAAAGGGACCCUGGCCGAGGCUUACUUCUCAAGUCCGAUUGUAACUUAAAGAUUCAUGCUCACUACGACUCGGAUUGGGCAUCUUGUCCUCUCACUCGCAAAUCAAUUACUGCACGCAACUCUUUUGUUGAUCAUCUUUUCGCUCAUCUCUCUAGGAAAGGUAUUUUUGCCUUUAAGGAUGAUAAACGGCUCGAGAAAGGAGAACCCAUUUCAUCACAGCUUUUACAAGCAAUUCAUGAUUCACGGGUUUCUAUCGUUGUCUUCUCCCCUGAUUAUGCUUCUUCAAAAUGGUGUUUGGAUGAAAUGGCUUCUAUAAAUGCAUGCCGUAUAAAUUUUGAACAAACUGUUUUCUCAAUUUUCUAUCAUGUGGAUCCAUCUCAUGUAAGACAUCAGAAUGGGGUUUAUGAGGAUGCCUUUCUUUUACACACUGAAAAAUUCAAACAAGAUCUAUCCAUGGUUAAUCGAUGGCGGGAAGCUAUGGAGGAUUUGGCAGGAUUAGCUGGUUGGGAUGUCAGGAAUAAGCCAGAGUCUGAAGCUGUUGAAAAUAUUGCUCAGGAGAUAAUAAAUAUAUUGGGUCAUAAAUUCUCAGGAUUUUUUGAUGAGGUUAUUGGGAUGCAACCUCAUGUAGCAACAUUAGAAAGCAUUUUAGAACUAAGGACACCGGAGGAUAAAUUUCGAGUUUUGGGAAUUUGGGGGAUGAGUGGAAUAGGAAAAACAACUCUUGCUAAUGCUUUGUAUGAUAGAAUCUCUUAUCAGUUUGACGCUUGCUGUUUUAUUGAGGAUGUUAGCAAAAUUUAUAGAGAUGGUGGUGCUGUUGCCGUGCAGAAACAAAUUCUUCGUCAAACUCUAAAAGAAGAUCUAGACAAAUGCAGUCCUUCCGAAAUAUCAGCAAGCCUAAGAAAUAGGCUACAUAAGAUAAAGGUCCUUGUAGUUCUUGACAAUGUUGAUGAAUUCAAGCAAUUGCAAGAAUUAGCUAUAAAUCCUAAAUUGCUUCGCGCAGGAAGUAGAAUGAUUGUAACCACUAGAGAUGAGCAUAUUCUUAAAGUGUAUGAAGCGAAUAAAAUUUAUGAGGCUCAACUGAUGAAAGAUAAUGACGCUCGUCAACUUUUAUGCAGAAAAGCCUUCAAAAGUGAUGAUUCAAAGAGCAAUAGCAAUUAUGAUGAGUUGAUCCCUAUGGUACUAAAAUAUGCUGAAGGCCUUCCAUUAGUAGUUGGUGUAGUGGGUACUUUCUUGUGUAAACGAGGUGUUCCCCAGUGGAAAGAUACCUUGAAUAGAUUGAAGAAUAGUCCAGACAAAAAAAUUAUGGAGUUGCUUCGUGCAAGUGUUGAUGGACUACAAGAUGAGGAGAAAGAAAUAUUUCUGCACAUUGCUUGUUUCUUUAGAGGGGAAAGAGAGGAUUAUGUAAUGCGAAUUCUAGAUGCUUGUGGAUUACACCCUCACAUUGGAAUAGAACGUUUGACUCAGAUGUCACUCAUAAUCAUUAAAAAUAAAAAAAUUCACAUGCAUGAAAUUUUGCAAGAAUUGGGGAAGUAUAUGGUUCGGCAUCAAUUUCCUAAAGAGCCAGGGUCGUGGAGUAGAUUGUGGCGUCACCGGGAUUUCCAUCAUGUCUUGAUGACAAAAACGGGAACUGACAAGGUUGAAGCUAUAGUUCUAGAGGAAAAAGAUGUUACUGAAUACUCUCAGAUGAGUGCGUUUGCGGAAGGAUUGUCGAAGAUGACAGGUCUUACAUUGCUUAUAUUAAAUGAUAUGAAUUUUUUAGGAGACCUGAAUUUUCUUUCUUACCACCUGCAAUAUCUUAUGUGGCACGGUUACCCUUUCACUUCUUUGCCAUCCAAUUUUGAGCCCCAUGGUCUUGUUGAAUUGAAUAUGCGUAAUAGCAGCAUCCAACGACUGUGGGACGGCCGCAAGGAUCUUCCCUCUUUAAAAAGGAUAGAUUUAAGCAACUCUAAAAAUCUUAUCGAAACUCCAAUCAUUGAUGGGAUUCCAGAGCUUGAGCGGUUAGAUCUCACAGGAUGUACAAACCUACACCAUGUCGAUCCAUCAAUUGGAAUUUUGAGUAAACUUGCUUUCUUGAGUUUGCAAAACUGUAGCAGUCUGGUUGUCCUUGAUUUUGGCAGUUCCUCUAAUUUAAGUUCUAUGAAAGUUCUGGAGCUCUCUGGUUGCACAAAACUUGAAAACAUCCCAUAUUUUACUGGGGCAUCGAAUCUUGAGUACCUUGAUUUUGAUCAAUGUACUAGUUUAUCUACGGUUCAUCCAUUAAUAUGGAUUUGUACAAAGCUUAGAUUCUUGAGUUGUAGAGACUGCACAAGUCUUUUGAGUAUAGACUCUGGGGGUUACUUCAUGCUAUCUCUUAUAACUCUAGAUUUACAUGGCUGCUCUGAACUUAGAAAAAUUCCCGGGAAACAGUAUUUAUUUUUUUCUAUGGGCUUUUCAGCUUUGAUUCUUCUAGAUUUAGGCUUUUGCAAUCUAAGUGAAGUACCCGAUGGUAUUGAAGAGUUGAGAUGUUUAGAAAGACUAAAUCUAGAGGGAAAUAACUUUUUUUCAUUACCUUCUAUGAUCAGCAGCCUUCACAGGCUAGCAUAUUUAAACUUGGCGCAUUGCCAUGAGCUUCAAUCUUUAUCUGAUCUUCCGUUUCCAUGGGAAAGAGGUUCAUCUGUGGGAAGGUAUUUUGAAACGGAAUCCAAAUCUCGUGAUUAUAGGUCUGGAUUAUAUAUAUUUGAUUGCCCCAAGCUGGCUUUGGCUGCUAGGUUGUGGGACUCUGCAUUUGACUGGCUUCGAUGCCUAAUUGAGUUAGAGAGUCAUAUGAUCAACUCUUUGAAAGUGAGAUCAAAUCUGAACCAUUGGAUGGACAAAAAUAUGGAUGGACAGCAAUGCAAUUUCUUGGAGCUCUUUAGUUUCUAGCUAAAUAGGAGUCUGAGUCAUUAGGGCCACAUAUAGAGAACUUUCGUUUUUUUUUAGUUUUCAGUUUUAUGUUUUGAAUCUUUUGUAAUCUUUUUCUUUGAAUCUGAGUGUUGAGAAAUUCCUUGAAAGCUGAAUGCUUGUUCUUCAAUUCUUGUACUCGAAGUGCAUUGACAACGCACCUUCAAGGAAAGGAAUCACGGAUCUGCAUGCGAGCUAUUGUUUUCAUACUACUGCAAGUUUUCUUCCUAGCUCUAGUUUAGGAACUUUGACUCUUGA